AUGUCAACCUCGGAAGGCGGGAACAACUUCGUUAUGCACGCCUCUGCUAUCGACUUUAUCAAAAGAUACACAUACCGCGACUACUACAGCCAGGCCGAGAAUCGCCCCGAGGGCCUUGCCGACGGCGAGCCGGUGCUGCGACAGAGGGUCGACCGCUGCAUCGACAUGCGGCGGCAGGCGCUGCUGUGCCAGGGCAACGUGGGCAUCGUCACGGCCAACUGGGUUGAGCCGUCGGGGAUCUACCCCGACUAUCGCACCGAGCACAAGUGCCGCAGGUUCCGACAAAGGUUGUCGAGCGGGCGGACCUCCACGCCGCUCCGCCUAACGAGCCUGAGCCUGGCGAGGAUUCCGUCUUUCCGCCGGGCCCGCCGCAACUUGGGAGGUUUUGCAUGGGAUGGCCUGCGUGGGGAGACCACCUCAUCCAUGACCAACGGCUCGCAGAAGAGCCGAUACAUCAGCGCGAUGAAGUGA